AUGGAGACGGCUGGUGGUCUCGAAGAUGACGAGGAAGACCUACAGACGGUGUCACGAGCGACGAUGGACGGGUCAACGAGCGAAAGCAUGGCGAUGAAGAUCCCAUCAGACUUAGUGGAGAAGCGGGUUACGACGAGUGAUCGGUUGCAGCACCAAGCGACUGACAUUGGGCUCAUGCCGAGACGGCAGCAAGUCAACAGACACCGACUACGGCGAGUGCGACGCGGAGGAGAAGAGUGCCAGUGCGACAAGUUCAAGGCCGACGUGGAGAUCAAGGACGUAUUAGACCCAUACUGGGCAAUGACGGUGAGUGGUCGGAGGCACCGAGAGUGGGGUCGACGGUGCCAAUACAGCGACGGGAGCUACGAAGAACCGGAAUUGCCGCACAACGACGAGAACCUACACUACAGCUGA